AAGGAGAUCAGGGAGCUUGCAGUGGAGGUGUUGAGACAAAAGGACAGGUACUAUUCUACUGGUGAGGAGAAAGACUAGUCAGUUGACAGAGAGAGACUGGCAGAUAGAAAGCACAGAGCAAGAUAACCUCAGAUGUGUAUUUAGUGUUGCAUUCAAAGACUAUUAUCAUCAUCAAACCACUCGGGAAACAAAAAAACGGUCAAGAGGAAACCAACAUCUAACCAAGAAAAUAUCUACAGUAGUCUCUACAACAGAAGACUGGAAAGAGAGCUGCUAUACUUGUAAAGACAGUACAGAGACUGUUUCCUCGUUAUUAUUCACCAGCCCAGUAACUGACCAUCAUGACACAUCAGGUCAGCCGCUCUCCAUUCCUCAAGCCCUUCUACACCAGGACCCCGGUUGGUGGGGUCAUUCCGCGAACCCAGAGACGCCACACGCUCCCCGCCAGCGAGUUCAGGAACCUGACCCCACAGGACGCCAUCAGCGUGUUCGAGAUCGAGAGAGAAGCAUUCGUCUCUGUGUCUGGUGAGUGUCCACUCACUCUUGACGAGGUGCUGAACUUCCUAAGUCAGUGUCCGGAGCUCUCCCUGGGCUGGUUUGAAGAGGGCCAGCUGGUGGCGUUCAUCAUCGGCUCAGGCUGGGGCAAAGAGAGACUGGAGCAGGAGGCCAUGACCCAGCAUAUCCCAGAAACCUCGGCAGUGCACAUCCAUGUGCUGUCUGUGCACCGCCACGCUCGCCAGCAGGGUAAAGGUUCCAUCCUGCUGUGGCGCUACCUGCAGUACCUGCGAUGUGUCCCAGGCCUCCGGAGGGCCCUGCUGGCCUGUGAGGAGUUCCUGGUUCCCUUCUACCAGAAGGCAGGCUUCAAGGAGAAGGGGCCUUCUGCCAUCACCGUGCCCAACCUCACCUUCCAGGAGAUGGAGUACCAUAUAGGCGGAGCGGCCUACGCACGGCGGAACAGCGGCUGCUAGUCACUGCCGGCCGUCACCACCCCACUCAUAAUCACAUCAACCCUAGCACUGGAACUCAUCCACCAUGUAAACAUAGACUCUGGUCAUCACAGUUGACCGUCCAGACCACACUAUAGCAGACAGACAGAUCCAAGCACCAACCUGGUCUCAGAGCAUUUCAUAAUAUACUGUAAGUAAAUUCGAGACACUCCAUUUAGUAUGAUAGGUUACAUUUGGUAUGGUCACAUAAGACAGAUGGUUACUUAAGGAGGGUGGUUGGUCAGGAUGAGUGGGCGUAUAACACAAACAUCUAGCAAAGGUUGCGAGUUCAAAUCUCAUCACGGACAACUUUACAACUUUUCACUACUUACUACUUUUUAGCUACGUUGCAACUACUUAGCAUGUUAUCCAAAACUUCCCCUAAGCCUAACCUUAACCCUUUUGUCUGACCUUUCAUGUUUAGCUAACCUUUCACGUAACUUCAACCUUUACCCUUUUAGCUAAUCUUCCCCUAAACCUAACCCUAACCUUAACCCUUUAACCUAACUCAUAAACUUAACCCUAACCCUUAGCCUAGCUAAUGUUAUCGAGCUUGCUAACAUUAGGCACCUAGCUAGGAUUUUCAACAUAUCAUACAUUUUGUAUAAUCCCAAUAUAUUGUAUGCUUUGCAAAUUCUGAACAUUUCCUACGAAUUGUAAUUUGUAACAUAUCAUAUAUGAAAUGGGUGACGGACGUCGAACCAAUCAACACAUACCAUACCAAACGUAACAUAUCAUACUAAAUGGAUUGUCCCAGAUUUACAUACAGAAUAAUAUGAAAUGCUCUGAGAUCAGGUUGCAACCACAGGUGCUCCAUGAGAGAAGGCACUGCCCCAUCAAUCUCAGCUGCAGCACCAGCAGGCUCCGAGACACCAUCUUUCAGUGCCUCACAGACAGCAUCCCGACUCCCUGCGACAUAGAGAGGGGACAUGCACCACCACAUGAAGGGGACAAGGAUGGGUUUUCUUAGAAAACAGCAACAGAAAGCAAAAAAAUGUCUGUUAGCGAUAGAAGACAGAAUCAGAAUAUGUUUGAGAUGCAAUGUCGAGUUUCAGCAUAUUUUGUGUAUACAUCAAUGAAUUAACAAAGUUCAAAUUUUUCAGUCCCAACAUUCUUCAUUUUUAUUAUGCUUAAUUUUGAGAGUAUUUAAAUGAAAUAUUCCUUGCCACAAAUCGUACUUUGUAGUACUAUUCUUGUUUGAGGUCUUUAUUAUUACUAAUACUACUAUGGUUAUUGAGAUACUAAUACUACUAUUGUUAUUGAGAUACUGUUACUGAGAUACUACUAUUAUUGACUAUUAUUGAGUUCUCUGAGUGUGAUGUAAAUACCAUUUUAUUUUUGUAUUAGUCCUCUGGUGUGUUGAAAUGUUAGGCUUUUGCUUAGCUUUUCGUAUUAACACUAUGAUGUACUAAGGCAACAAAGGGAAACAAUGCCACUGAUUUUAUAGCUCCUCAUACUCCCUAUAACAUUGACAUACAUCACGGAAAACAGUGGUGCCUUCAACAAAGCUGAUUGUUAGCGAACGGUAACUAAUGUUCAUGUCUGAAAGUAAAGGGCAGCAUCAGUCACCACAGAGAAUCAGACAGACUUCACCGACGGAUUUCUUUUCAAGUUU